AUGACCAAUGGCCUUUGCCUGUCGCCGACUGAAGGGACUUGGUACCGCGGCGGAUGUACGGAUGAGCAAUACCAGAAGACCGGAUGCCCGAAUAUUUGCGAUACAACAUCACGCGGCGCUCAUGUUGGCGUGUCGGUAUGCGCUUCCAGGGUCUUCGCCUGUUAUAGCCUCGAUAAUUGCUCCAGUCAGAAUUUCACAGUCAGUGCCUACAGGGCGGUGACGAAUGCUGCCCGUUCAACGGACCUUUUUGACAGCGGGGCAACGGCAACGACAUCUACCACCACGAGUCCAAGCACCGGAGGCGCCACCGACCCAACUUGUACAUCUACGCAGCAGGCCAACCAAGGGAUAUCGACAGGUGCGGGAGCAGGCAUCGGAGUGGGUGUCGGCCUGCCACUAACCAUCGCGGUCGGCGCGUUGGCUUUUAUGCUCAUGCGCGAGAAGAAAAAGUCGAGAGACGUACAAGCGGGCUACCAGCAACAACAUCACUAUAGCAAACAGCCUGGCUACAACCAGAAGCCGUACACGGACGUGUCUUCGCCGUGGGGGAAAUCGGACAGACACUAUGGUCCAACUGCUGAAGCCCCAGGGCAAAUGAUAUCACAUGACUUGUCAGACAUACAAGACAGGCACGAGCUUGGCCAUUGA